UUCGCGCCAACAUUGAAACAAGAGCUUGUACGUCUGAUCCAGCACAGAGAUAUCUAAUCGCUUUCAUUUCAAAACAUAGCUAAUAAAAGCGAUCGAAAUAAAAAUGACAGCAUCAGAGGAGGAGAAUCUGGACAUGUUGCUGUCUUUAUUUGCGGAGAGUGAGAGCCAGGAACAGGAGACUCCCGCCGCUGGAGAGGGCAGUGACAAUCUAGAUGACCUCUUUGAUGAGGAUGAGGACGGUGAUCCCUAUAUUGAGCCGGAAGAGGAAGAUGACGUGGCACCUGGGAAAUCCAGCUCAGCUGAAGGGGACAGUGACUUAAAUAAGUCAAAGGAAGAUCUGGAGGCUGAGCUGAAAUUAAUGCAGCAGAAGAUGCAAAAACUACAGCAGCAGCUGGAGGCCUCACAGAAAACCACACAGCCUGAAAACAAACCCUCCGUCCGGAGACAGACCAGCACUAAAUCCUUAACACCACCUCAGGGGGUUUCGAAAACUCCCCCAUUAACACGACAGGACAGCGAUGGCUCUCCUCCAUCAGAUGUCACGGCAAAGCUGAAAAACAAGCAGAGGACGGCCCACCAAUCCAAAGCAGCCGCCUCAGAAAAGCAGACUCCUAUUGGCCAGAGUAUGAACAACUGCCAGUCUCAGCCAAUAAGUGACAGUGCAAAAGUAAACAGCACUUUAAAGUCACCGCCCCCUCUCAAGACUCCUCCCACUGUGCGUCAGGCUACGCCUCGUUCAUCUGUCAGUCAAGAGGUUGCUGUGGAGAAGUUCUCAGGCCUUAGACUUAGGAAUCCACGUCUGUCUUCCAUAGACAUUGAGCAAAAAAUGGCCAGCCGCAGACUGAUCAAGCUCUCUCAGUUGCCUGACCGACUGGCCAGGGACAGUUUAGAGGACAGUGACUGGGUCACUUUCGCAGUGGUGAUAAAUAAAAUCACCCCACAGAGCAAAAACAAUGGGAAAACCUUCAGCAUUUGGAAGCUGAAUGAUCUUCAUAAUCUGGACGUGAAUGUGUCUCUCUUCCUGUUUGGGUCUGUUCACACGGAUCUGUGGAAGACUGACACUGGGACAGUGAUUGGCAUCCUCAAUCCCAAUCCAAUGAAGAACAAGGAUGGUUCCAAUGAGCUCUGCCUGACCGUGGAUCACCCACAGAAGGUCCUUAUAAUGGGAGAAGCCAUGGACUUCGGCACUUGCAAGGCUAAAAAGAAGAACGGAGACACUUGCACUCAGCUAGUCAACCUGUAUGAAUGCCAGUACUGCCAGUAUCACGUUAAAGCCCAGUACAAGAAAAUGAGCUCGAAGAGAUCGGAGCUUCAGUCCAGCUUCACAGGCUCCGCCCCUGGCAAAGGAAGGGGACGGGGCAGUUUGAGGGAGCGCCUGUGCCAAUCUGAUUUCCACUAUGGGGGCAUGUCCUCGCGUGCCUGUGCGCCCUCAAUGUCUGCCCCACAGCCAAAGAAACAACCCACUAUACAGUCUGUUUUGGCUUCCAUCCCAACUAAGAAACUUGUUCUGAAUUCAGGUGAGGUGUCAGGCUGUUCAGAUGACUUCAAAGGCCUGAUGUCUAUGCCGACGCCUGGAGCGCUUCAUAUUAAGAAACACUUAGGACAAGCCAAGAAUACAGCUGUUGCAGGAUCUUCAGUUCAGUCUAUAUCUGCGGCUGACCUUCUCAAGCAGCAGAAAGAAGAGCAUCAGCAGAGAAUGUUGGCUCGAAAGAAGAGAGCGGAAGAGAUUCAGAAGAGGGUGCUCCAGAGUAGUGCUCCCUCCCGGCCGAAUGCAAGCAGGGGUCCCUUGCUCUCCCCGAAAGUUGCCUCGGAGGUUCCGAAGGGGUCGCCUGGCCUCACAUCCCGUCUCUCAGGCCCUCCUGUGCCCACACUGGGCCGUGGCUUUCCAGAAGGAGAGGACAUCCUCCUUGAUCUGUCUCCACCUUCAUCAAAGAGCCUCUCAGCCGCAAAGUUGGCGGCAGUGAGGAAACUCCAAGCUAAAGGCUCAGUCAUGGUUAAAGGCGACCCGAAUGCUGUAAAACGCAAGCGAGCCAACAGCGAUGACAUUGCAGAUCGAGUAGAGCGAAAUCUCUCCACACCUAAAGUGUCCGAUGAAAAUUCAACUGGUGAGGAGGAGGAGCCAGCUCAGAAAAAGAGGCGGGAACAGCUAGAGUACAUCCAAUCGGAGGAGUUUCAGCGCAUCCUCAACGCCAAGUCCUCAAACUCGUGGAUGAUGGGAGAGAUUGAGGAGCGGGCCAUGCAGGAGUAUUUUGAGCCGCUGGUGCAAAAAGAGAAGAUGGAGGAGAAGAUGAAGAGCAUCAGGGAGAUGAAGUGUCGAGCCGUCACCUGCAAAACUUGUAAAUACACCCACUUUAAACCAGCGGACCGCUGUGUGGAAGAGAAACACGACUACCAUUGGCAUGACGCCGUCAAACGCUUCUUUAAAUGCCCCUGCGGUCAGAGAAAGAUCUGCCUGGCACGGAUGCCACAUGGAGCCUGCAGCCAUUGUGGACUUUUUAAGUGGGAGAGAGAUGGCAUGUUAAAGGAGAAAAAGGGACCCAAAAUAGGAGGGGAGCUACUGUUGCCACGCGGAGAGGAACAGCCCAAAUUCCUCAACAGUUUAAAGUAGAGUCAGCUGUCCCGUGUGUGGCCUGAGCCCAGUCUCACUCAGAAGAGGAGGCUUCUGUGUCUUCAUAAUCAGAAAGUGAGAGUGAAGGGGCAUCGGCAUUACAUUUGUGUUGGUCAAUCUGUUUUUAGUACCUUAAUGUUUGCCUGUUGUCUAUAUAUGUUGUUUUAAGAUAAACUAUCAAGCCUUUUUAAAUGUAAAUAUUCUUAUGUUCUGUUAUUAUUUUAAUUGUGAACUUUUAUAUCAACCAUGUCAAGCACACCUGAAUUAAACAAUACUGAGUGA